UGCGCAGCCGCAGAAAGAGCGGGAGGUCUUGGUGGGGGCCAUCCCGAUCCCGCGCUGUUUCGCGCCAGGCUUAAAGCAGCUGGAGACGAGCUACUCGCGUCCCGGAGCCCCGCACCACGGCGGGUGAGGCCGGCUCCGCAGCGCAAGCCUAGCGCCGCGGGCCCUCUUCCCCUGUGCUGCCGCCAUCAUGCUGCUGCCCGUGUUCACUCUGAAACUGCGCCACAAAAUCAGCCCCCGCAUGGUGGCCAUAGGGCGCUACGACGGGACUCACCCGUGCCUGGCAGCCGCCACCCAAGCGGGCAAGGUUUUUAUUCACAAUCCUCAUACCCGGAGCCAGCAUUUCAGUGCCUCCAGGGUCUUCCAGAGCCCCUUGGAAUCUGAUGUUUCACUUCUCAACAUUAACCAGGCAGUCAGCUGCCUGACUGCAGGAGCACUGAACCCAGAACUUGGGUAUGAUGCUCUUUUAGUGGGGACACAGACUAAUCUUCUGGCUUAUGAUGUCUACAAUAAUUCAGACUUGUUCUACAGAGAGGUUGCAGAUGGGGCCAAUGCAAUUGUGCUGGGAACACUGGGAGACAUUGCCCCCCCUCUUGCCAUUAUUGGUGGAAAUUGUGCUCUGCAGGGUUUUGAUCAUGAAGGAAAUGAUCUCUUUUGGACGGUUACUGGAGAUAAUGUUCAUUCCUUGGCCUUAUGUGACUUUGACGGUGAUGGUAAGAAAGAGCUUCUCGUUGGGUCAGAGGAUUUUGAUAUCCGAGUUUUUAAAGAAGAUGAGAUUGUGGCAGAAAUGACAGAAACAGAGAUAAUCACCUCUCUUUGCCCUAUGUAUGGCAGUCGAUUUGGUUAUGCCCUUUCCAAUGGCACAGUUGGAGUUUAUGACAAAACAGCUCGAUACUGGAGAAUUAAAUCUAAAAAUCAUGCCAUGAGCAUUCAUGCUUUCGACCUUAAUUCUGAUGGAGUGUGUGAACUGAUAACUGGUUGGUCCAAUGGAAAGGUUGAUGCUCGAAGUGACCGAACUGGGGAGGUCAUCUUUAAAGACAACUUUUCUUCUGCAAUUGCUGGUGUGCUAGAGGGAGAUUACCGGAUGGACGGUCACACACAGCUCAUCUGCUGUGCCGUGGACGGGGAAAUCCGGGGCUACCUGCCAGGCACAGCGGAAAUGAGAGGGAACCUCAUGGACACCAGCGUAGAGCAGGACCUGAUCCGAGAGCUGAGCCAGAAAAAACAGAAUCUGUUGCUGGAACUCCGCAACUAUGAGGAAAAUGCCAAGGCUGAAUUGAGCCGUCCGCAGAGUGAGGCUGAUGGGCCUCGGGGCAUCAUCCCAGCCAAUACAAAGCUGCACACUGCCCUCUCGGUCAGUCUGGGGCACGAGACCCAGGCCGCUCAUGCAGAAUUGUGUAUCUCCACCUCUAAUGACACCAUCAUCCGAGCAGUACUGAUUUUUGCUGAGGGAAUUUUUCUAGGUGAAAGCCAUGUGGUACACCCCAGCAUUCACAACCUUUCCAGCUCCAUCCGCAUCCCCAUUACGCCUCCCAAGGAUGUCCCUGUGGAUCUGCACUUGAAAACCUUCGUGGGUUACAGAAGCAGCACCCAGUUUCAUGUAUUUGAACUGACAAGACAGCUCCCCCGCUUCUCCAUGUAUGCGCUGACCAGCCCCGACCCUACCAGAGAGCCACUCAGCUACGUCAACUUUGUCAUUGCAGAACGGGCACAGAGGGUUGUUAUAUGGCUCAGCCAGAACUUCCUGUUACCAGAAGACACUAACAUUCAAAAUGCUCCAUUUCAAGUGUGUUUCACAUCCUUACGGAAUGGUGGCCAGCUGUAUAUAAAGAUAAAACUUAAUGGAGAGAUCACUAUAAAUACUGAUGAUAUUGACUUGGCUGGUGAUAUCAUCCAGUCAAUGGCCUCAUUUUUUGCUAUUGAAGACCUUCAAGUAGAAGCAGAUUUCCCUGUCUACUUUGAGGAAUUACGAAAGGUGCUAGUUAAGGUGGAUGAAUAUCACUCGGUGCAUCAGAAGCUCAGUGCUGAGAUGGCUGAUAAUUCCAACCUGAUCCGAAGUUUGCUGGUCCGAGCUGAAGAUGCUCGUCUGAUGAGGGACAUGAAAACCAUGAAGAACCGCUACAUGGAACUGUAUGACCUCAAUAAAGACUUGCUAAAUGGAUACAAAAUUCGCUGUAACAACCACACAGAGCUCCUGGGGAACCUCAAAGCAGUAAAUCAGGCCAUUCAAAGAGCAGGUCGUCUGCGGGUUGGAAAACCAAAGAACCAGGUGAUCACUGCUUGUCGGGAUGCGAUUCGAAGCAACAACAUCAACACGCUGUUCAGAAUCAUGCGGGUGGGAACAGCUUCUUCUUAGGAAAGAACAUGUAGUGAAGUUCCUAAAAAGGGUUUUUCCCUAAAAAUCGAGGCUAGUUUGCUUGGAUCACAUCUUGGUGAACCCAGGUGCUAAGAAUGGCAACACUCUUGGUGAGUGGUACAAAUGGCAGACUUCAUCUGAAAAGCACAUCCCUUUCUCUUUUUAGAAUCAGUUACUGUUACUCAGUAAUCACAGGUUUGUAUAGAGGAAGGGAAUACUUUUAAAAUGUUAGGGCUUCAAAGUCCAAUUUUUGGGGUAUGUUUGUAAAAUUGAUGUCAAUACAUAUUCUUCCUUGGAAUUGUAAUUGAAUUUGUAAUAAAAGUUUUUUUCAUUAAAA